UUUAGUUUGAUUUAGACUGCAACUGGAGGCGGGCGUUUGAGCUGCGCAAGUCCAGUUUUAUCGAGUUGUUAUCGUUAUUAUUAUUGUGAAUCGAUUGCGGGGCUUUAUGUCUACAGCAGCUAGCAAUGCAUUUGUAUCUCGAAGAUUUACUGCGUCUCUGCAAGAUUUAUGACAACAUGCAGCGUUUUAACAAUAACAGCAACAGCAGCAGCAACAACAACAAUAACAAUAACAACAGCAGCAACCAUAAACGCUGCGCACAGAAAUAUACCAAUGGCAACUUGACAACGGCUGCUGGGCAAAACAGCGCAGCAGCAACAAUUGCCAACAGUUAUCAGCAACAGCAACAGCAGCAGCAGCAAAACAACAACAGCAACAACAAAUCGGUACGCAAGACACGCUACAACAACAACAACAACAAGCGUCAGGAUGUCGCCGCCUACAACAUGCAAAAGCGCACAAAUGCGACUGUCUCGGAUUCGACCUGGCAUCGUUUUGUCACUUCUUCAUGCAUCGAAGAGAAAUAUCUGGGUCAACACAAUCCCGGCCAUCGGAAUAGCACCAGCAGCGAGACGACCAGCGAGGACAUCAACUCCAGCGACGAGCAGCUGCACAAGCCAAUCAAAAGUCAAAGGGCGACCAAUUUGAACCACCACAACAACAACAGCAACAGCAACAGCAAUGGCAACAGCAAUGGCAACGGCAACGGCAACAACAACAGUGGGGGCAACAACAAAGCACGCAACAAGCGACAACAGAAAUCGAAGCAAUACUUGACAAGCAGCAACAGCAACAGCAGCAGCAGCAGCAGCAACAGCAACAAUAGGACAACAGUGGCUGCAACAGCUGCUGCCACCACAAUCGAGCAGCAGACCAACAAAGUCAAUGUUAAUGUUCAUGCCAAUGUUAACGGUAAGUGCAAGCAGCAGGGCAAGUGGCGCAACAACAACAACAGCAGCAGCAGCAGCAACAGCAGCAACAGCAGCAAUAUCAGCAGCAUCAGCAACAAUUGCAAUCAGAAGCAGCGACCCAACAGCAGCAGCAGCAAUUGCAAAGCAAAGCAAACCAAAUGCAACAGCAGCAGCAACCACAGCAACAAACCAAACAGCAACCACAGCAGCAACAACCGCAUCAACAACAACCGCAACAACAACAACUGCAGCUCAAACUCCUCCUCGGCGCUGAGCUCCCCAGGCAGCUCACCGGGCAACAGCAGCAGCAGCAGUGGCAACAGCAGCAGCAGCAGUGGCAACAGCAGCAUUAUCAGCAAGUGGGAGCGACAGAGACAGAAUGUUAACUUUCUAGUGCCACCGCUGAGGCAAUAUGAACGCUUGGCGCUGGACGAUAAUGCAGUGUUGCAACAGCUGCGCCGCCAUCUGAUCGAUCCGAAUCUGUUGCGCGUCUACGGCUAUCCGGUGGCAAGUGUUGUUCAGGAGGGCGCCAUCGAAAUCUUCAAGUGCCUGCCACACAUGAGCUUUGCGGCGGCACACGUGAUGUCCGUAACGGAGACGGCACUGACCGUCAUCAAUUGCCACGACGGCCUCAACACGUGCAACUACGAGGAGGCCACCAGCAAUGAGACGACACUGAACGGCGCCACUCCACGCGGCACCCCAACCGAUUCGGGCAACAUAUCGCCGCGAUCCCUCGACUCCGAGUCCGGCGGCGAAUGGAGUGGCAGCGAGUGCGAAUCGAGUGCGCCCAGUGCCGAUGCCGAUGCCGAUGCGAACAGCUGCUACGGCCUGCAGUUGUACUGCAACUAUACCACAACCACGGGCGCAAUGCCAACGGAACGGCGCCUGGCCAAGGAGUGUGUGCGCUGCAAGCGGGACUUCCUCGUCGACGAGCUGAGCGGCCAGUAUAUGACGCGCGAGGAGUGCAGCUAUCAUUGGGGCAAGUAUCAUCGUUGCUACGACGGCAGCAAUUGGAUCAGUCGCUGGACCUGCUGCAGUGCCACAUCGGAGACGGCACGCUGCUGCACACGCAACGAGCUGCACGUGUGGAGCGGCUCAGUGGUCGGUGUGAAUGGACCAUAUCACGACUUUGUCCACACCCGACCGCGCCUCCAGCCCACAACGGCGGCCAGCCAGGCCGUGUAUGCGCUGGACUGCGAGAUGAGCUACACGGGCCGUGGUCUCGAUGUGACCAAAGUGUCGCUGGUGGCGCUCAAUGGCCAGCUGGUGUACGAGCACUAUGUGCGACCCGAUGCCGAUAUUGUUGACUAUAAUACACGGUAUUCGGGCGUCACUGCCAAGGAUCUCAGAUCGUCUGGCGUGAAAACGCUGGCCGAGGUGCAGCGCGAUCUGCUCGAACUGAUCGAUGCCGACACCAUACUGAUCGGUCACGGACUCGAUAAUGAUUUGCGUGCGCUGCGACUGGUGCAUCAUACGCUGAUCGACACAUCGAUUGCGUUUCCCCAUUCGAGCGGCUUUCCAUAUCGUCGUGCGCUGCGUCACCUGACCAAGACGCAUCUGAAUCGGGAGAUUCAAAGCGGCGACGGGGCGACGGGACACAGCAGCUUCGAGGAUUCGCGUGCCUGCAUGGAACUGAUGCUGUGGCGUGUCCGCUGCGAGCUCGAAGCCGACUCCAGCUGGGACGAUUAAAGCACACACGGAUCGGAUUCGGAAUCGGAUUCGGAUUGGGAAUCGCGAUCGGGUUCGGGUUCGGUUUCAGGGGUUUUAGCGUGGUUAAUGUGCUUUUCAUUUCAUUUUCUUUUUUUUCUUUUUUUUAUUUUGCGUCUUGUGGGCGGGGCCAAGAAGUACUUGUAGUCUGUAAGCUGUUUGCUUAGUUGUAGCUGACUAAUUUUAGAUAUAAAUCUACACUUUUUUUUUGUUGCUUUUUUUUGUUGCUUUUUUUUGCUUGUGCGGGGGAGGCGCAACGCAGCGUUCGCCUCCUCUAUUCAAUCUCAGUGUACGUUCGCUUGGUCUGCCAGCCACCAGCACCAGCAGCAGCACCAGCAGCACAAACAUCAUCAUCGUCAUCAGCAUCAUUCACAACAUUUGUGGCAAGGGGAGCGAGCAGCGAACUGAGAGGAAAUCCAACAGCAACAACAACAACGAUAACAAAUAAUGACAAUUAUGUUGCUUAUAUAGAGCAAAGUCUAUUUUUAGCUAUACGAAACCUAUAUAUAUAUAUAUGUAUAUAUAUAUAUAUAUAAUGAUAUAUAUAUAUAUCUAUCCAAUCGCACAACUAUCAAUUGUAAGCACGCACACACACACACAUAAUACAUAUGUA